AUGAGUCUCUUUGCUCGAGUAACAUCUUACCCACCUCUGGGGCAGGUGACCAGUCUGCAACGAGUUCAAAAAGCGUUGCGGUCAGAGGAAGAUGAUGCAGUACGCUUUACUGUCGUUAUUGAGUCUAGCACUUCACUCCCACAACAAUCAUGGGAAGCACAGAUCUGGCACAACAUCACCAAUUCCGAAUGGGAAGCUCUUCCAUUACGCAAAAUAGACUCCUCACAUGCACCAUUGUUGACAGGCAAUGAGGCUGACUAUAAUUUCUAUCGCUAUGUAUUUUCGGAGGAGAUUUCACUCCCUGCGGCUGGUGGUCAUGCCCAAUUCACCAUACGCUUCCGAACCAACUCCGACACAGAAUGGCAAUGGGCCAACCAGCAGCAUCCAGUGAAUAAUGGCGAGCUGGUAUUCGGCGCCCGAAACUCAGAGCUUGAAAGAAUAUCUUCUGGUGAUAUAUCUUCCCUGAAUGCGAAAGAGGAACUCGCGAAGUAUAUCGAUGACCUCUCGCCCGACGUGCAAGUUGAAUCUUGUCGCAGUGACUGUCCAGGAUCUUUACUAUGGGCGGUGUCUGGAGACGUCGGCGCUGCUCAACAAGGCAUUUCUGGUUUGAAGCAUCUUGCUCUCGGGACACCUUCGUCUACGAUCAAGUACUUCUCACUGGUGCGCAUAUGGAGCCCGUGGCUGGGUCCUCGGCAUGGGAAGGACAAAUUUCAACUGACAGAGGAUGCGAUCUUGUGCUCCUUUCUGCGGAAAGAUGGAACGAAUCUCCUUCUCCUUGCCCUCUCAGGAAUCAACGAUGUCCUGACUGUGUUUCAGUCUGGCAAGGACGCCGCCACUCUCCCCCCGGGGGAUGAUACAGUGAUUGUUGAGAAGGAUGCGAAGAUUCAGUGGCUCACAGAGUGGUUUGAUGGCUUGACAUAUUGUACGUGGAAUGGUCUUGGUCAGAAUCUGACCGAAGAGAAGAUACUGGGUGCUUUAGAUGCCUUGAAAGCCCAUGGAAUCCAUAUCGUCAAUCUGAUUAUCGAUGAUAACUGGCAAAGUCUUGACAAUGAGGGCGAGUCUCAAUUUAAACGCCGUUGGAAGCAUUUUGAAGCAAAUCGAAAAGCCUUCCCUCGAGGCUUGAAACAGACUGUUGAGACAAUUCGCCGAACUCACUCUAACAUUCAACAUGUCGCUGUCUGGCACGCUUUGCUGGGUUACUGGGGAGGAAUUUGCCCCAAUGGUGAUCUUGCGAAGAAAUAUAAGACCAAAGAAGUCAAAGUCAAAGACCCUGCCGCUGGAGGUCCGAUUGCACAUGAUAUCGCCGACGGCAAGAUUCUCGCCAUCGAUCCCGAGGAGAUACAGCGCUUCUACGACGAUUUCUAUAGCUACCUUACCUCUGUUGGUGUGGAUUCUGUAAAGACUGACGCCCAGUUCUUUCUCGACCUCCUCGAUGAUCCAGCAGAUCGAAAAAGUUUCAUGACAUCUUACCAAGAUGCGUGGUCCGUCGCUUCACUGAAGCACUUCAGCACGCGUGCGAUUUCAUGCAUGUCAUUGAUUCCGCAGAUGAUAUUCCAUUCGCAGCUCCCGAACAAUAAGCCAACAAUUGCACUGCGGAAUUCAGAUGAUUUCUUCCCCGAAAUCCCCACUUCGCACCCAUGGCAUGUGUUCUGCAACGCACACAAUGCGCUUUUCACUCGGUACCUCAAUGCACUACCUGACUGGGAUAUGUUCCAAACCAGCCACCCUUACGCUUCUUUUCAUGCUGCUGCCCGCUGCGUCUCAGGAGGACCAGUGUAUAUAACGGACGAGCCGGGUAAACAUGACCUAGAACUGCUGAAUCAAAUGACGGCGCCGACAGUCCAAGGAGGCACUGUGAUUCUCCGGCCCAGUAUCAUUGGUCGCACAAUCGAUAUAUACCAUGACUACAAUGAGGGACAUGUUUUACGUGUUGGAAGCUACACUGGAUGGGCUAAGACUGGCAGUGGAGUCCUGGGUUUAUUCAACAUCCACCCUAGGGAGGCAUCGUGCAUGAUCUCCCUGUUGGAUUUCCCCGGAAUCCACGAGGACUCGAACGGCCAGUACAUAGUCCGCGCGCACACGAGUGGCAAGGUCACACAGCGAAUGCAGCCACUGGCGCAGGACUCUACUGUGUCCGUCGUUUUGCAAGAAAGGGCAUGGGAGAUUCUGACAGCAUACCCGACCCAAUCAUUCACAAUCAAAGGGAGCAAUAGGUCCGCUGAGAGCCCGACUAAUGUCGCCGUCCUCGGUCUGCUUGGGAAAAUGACUGGUGCGGCUGCGGUGAUCAAUUCGGAUAUUUUCAUCGUUGAGAAUGGUCGUCUUCGGAUUGAUGUUCAUCUGAAGGCGCUUGGCACCCUCGGCAUUUACUUAUCUGAUCUAAAGGACAGGAAUAUUGGCCAAAACUUCAUGGUCAUGAUUCUGGGACAGCCAGUGCCCAAAAAGACCGUCUGGAAAGAAGGUGGAGAAGAUAGUCGAGUGCUGGCCAUUGACGUUCUCGCGGCUUGGAAGACCAUGAAACUGGACAGCGGAUGGAGCAACGAGGCCUUUGUACAGAUUUUUGUCAGUUGA